AUGGCUCCAGCCUCCCCGGGAGCAACGGUUGUCCCACACCCUUUUUAUAAUCUAACAACACCGCAUCGAUUCACCGGCUCAGCUAAACCCGAAGCCAAGGUAUGCAAGCCAACAGGUACGUGCUUUCAAGCCACCAACUCACGAAUCACUGUAGCAGUACCGGCCCAACUAAACCCGAAGCCAUUCCAGGUCAAUUUAAUCAGAUACAAGUCUCAUUUCCCACCUCGCACUGUGCCUCCAAGUCGUGAAAGAACCCUCGACCCCGUGAAAGAACAUGUCCAAUCCGAAGCGGCCAACGCGGCCAAUCGCGAGCCCAACCUCGAAAAGGGUAAAUCCUUUGGGAUGUUCAACUAUCUUUCAUCUAUUGUCGUGAUGGAUCGAAAAUCGGGCGAAACGGCCAUUGGAGUGCAAUUCUCAGGCUACGGCUCCAGGGCAACAUCCUUGGUCAGAGACAAUGUCUACUUCACCGUAGGCCGAAUCGUGCGGACCACCACGGCCGGAGGUUACCAGUGCUUCUUCGAAAGCAACCUGAGUCUAUUAGUCGGCAACGCCCGUCAGUACCGGAAAACUGAUCCGAUCCAUCCCGAGAUCGACCUCGGCUCUGAACUUCUUGGAAAAGUGUGGGUCUUUGGGUUUGGGACUGUUAUCCAGACUCGGAAAGCCCCAGGUGUUGGCAUAAACAACACACAGCAGACCGAUCUGCAUGUGACAAUGAGACACCACGAUUACCACAAUGCAAAAAAGUCCAACCUCGAUUUCGAGGCCGUCUACAUCGUCCCUGGGAACGCAAUCCUACGAAACACUUUCGGCUUCUUUACUGUUGAUACCGAGGCGCUGAUGAUAGGAAACAUCACCGGAUUCAACGAAACUCUUGGGACCUGGGAAGUCUUGGUCUACCUGUUCUCUACGGCCUCGGGGAAGUCAUCGUUCCGUGCGCCCCCGACCCCCUCCGGCUCCGGUACCAGCGGGCAGCUCCGACCUGGCCUGCGAUUGAUUGGGGGAGUAGGUUCAUCAUCCCCCACCGCUGCAAGCAACGCACCAAGCCAGUCCGACGAGUUCAAAACUCCCAGUAGCAGCGCGGCCGGACGUCCCUUCAGUCCAAAUGUUUUCCCCACCCCGACACCUUCUACCAGCCGCCAAUCUCCGGGCGCCGACGAAGUAUCUGACGGUGAGAUAACCGAGGACAGACGACCCGAGGAUGCUGAGGAUGGUCACUUUCUCAGCACCGACAAGAAGGGGAAGCGGAUUGCCACAAACGGGUCGGGCAGCACCGCCAGCGGAAACUCCGCGCCUUUGUCCCUGGCCGAUUCUCAAAAGAGGGCAAAGACUUUCAUGUCAUCUAUGUAG